UGACAUAAAUUGGAUAAUAAAAUUAAAUAAAUGAAAACUAAAAAAAUUGAAUAAUUGUGGGCUUAACACAUAAAUACCAAAAAUUCUAUUUUAAUAUAUAGAGGAUCAAUCGUUACCAAAAACAAUUGACAAAAAUACGAAGAUAAUUAUUAAUUGGUGUUUACAUAGAAAAUAAAACGAGUCUCAUUCACUACAAAUUUCUUUUAAAUCACGACAAGAAAAUCUAUUUCAUCUACUUUAAUUUUAUUUUGUUAACGAAAAAGGAUAUUUUUAUAAUUUUAAAACCAAAUUUCUUAAUAUUCUAACGUCCAUAAAACGUUCAUUACAAUUGUCACAAAUGCAUGAACAAGCUUGGCAUAUACUACUGUUCGGCUACCCCCAAACCAAAAUAGAUAUUAUUAAAAAUAGGAUAUAUUAUAGUAUUAUCAUAAUUAUAAUUCCACAAAAUAUAUCAGAAAAUUUAACAGUUUGAAUAAUUUUUAUUCGAUUGAUGAGUACUUUUAUCAAAGAUGCAAAAAACAUAAAAGAACUGGGAAAUGUUAUUUUAAAUAAACCGAAAAAGCAAUCCGUCUCUGGUUUUGUAUCUGUCUCUCCUAAACAUUAUUCAAAAUUUGAAAACCAAACGUUCCCGAUUUUCAUCCUUUUGUCUUCUCCACCGGAAGCCUUUGCGCCGCAAUACCGCCGCCUCCGCCGCUUCAGCUGCAUCGGUGAUUGUAAAUAGCCGUCUUCUUAUUCUAACAAGGUUCUUCCAAUGUCUUUGUUAAGUAGAUUCUUUUACAAGAGACCACCAGAUGGAUUACUUGAAUUUGCUGAUAGAGUUUAUGUUUUUGAUUCAUGUUUUUGCACGGAGGUGUUGGCUGAUAGCUUGUAUCAGAUCUUCUUGCAUGAAGUUAUCAAUGAUUUACACGAAGAAUUCCCGGAAUCGUCGUUUUUAGCGUUUAAUUUCCGAGAAGGGGAGAAAAAAAGCGUGUUUGCUGAAACUCUCUGUGAAUAUGAUGUUACUGUUCUUGAGUAUCCGAGGCAGUAUGAAGGCUGUCCUAUGCUUCCUUUAUCAUUGAUUCAACAUUUUCUCCGUGUUUGUGAGAGUUGGCUUGCUCGUGGGAACCGUCAGGAUGUUAUUCUUCUUCACUGUGAAAGAGGAGGAUGGCCACUUUUGGCUUUUAUUCUAGCUAGUUUUCUGAUUUUCAGGAAAGUUCAUAGUGGUGAGCGUAGAACUCUUGAGAUUGUGCAUCGAGAGGCUCCCAAGGGUCUCUUGCAGCUGCUUUCACCGUUAAAUCCGUUUCCUUCUCAACUUCGUUAUCUUCAGUAUGUAGCGAGGAGGAACAUUAAUUCUGAGUGGCCACCUCCUGAAAGAGCUCUUUCUUUGGAUUGUGUGAUAAUUCGAGGUAUCCCAAACUUUGACUCUCAACAUGGCUGCAGACCGAUUAUACGUAUUUUUGGAAGAAACUAUAGUAGUAAAUCUGGUCUUUCAACGGAGAUGGUGUAUUCUAUGUCUGAUAAGAAAAAACCCCUUCGCCAUUACAGACAGGCAGAAUGUGACGUAAUCAAAAUUGAUAUCCAGUGCUGGGUUCAAGGAGAUGUUGUACUGGAGUGUGUGCAUAUGGAUUUGGAUCCAGAACGAGAGGUUAUGAUGUUUCGUGUGAUGUUUAAUACUGCAUUUAUCAGGUCCAACAUACUAAUGUUGAACUCUGACAACUUGGAUAUUCUUUGGGAGGCCAAGGAUCAUUACCCAAAAGGGUUUCGAGCAGAGGUCUUGUUUGGAGAAGUUGAGAAUGCAUCGCCUCAGAAAGUUCCAACCCCAAUAGUAAAUGGUGAUGAGACUGGUGGAUUGCCCAUUGAAGCCUUUUCUAGAGUUCAAGAACUUUUUAGCGGUGUGGAUUUGGCUGAGAAUGGAGAUGAUGCUGCUUUGUGGUUGCUGAAACAACUUGCUGCCAUUAAUGAUGCAAAAGAGUUUACAAGAUUUCGGCACAAAGGGAGUUUUUAUUUUAAUUCUCCUGACUCUGAAGAGGAGACAAACACAUCUAGUGCCGCUGAUAGUUCAGAUGAAGGCUUUGAAGCCAUUCAGAGACCUCGUAUUCAUAUACCUUUUGAUAAUGAUGAUACAGACGACAUUACUUUGUCUGUCGCUCACGAAUCGUCAGAGGAGCCUCAUGAAUUCUCUCAUCACCAUCAUCAUGAAAUUCCAGCGAAAGACAGUGUCGACAACCCUUUGAAUCUUCCAUCAGAUCCACCAUCUUCUGGUGAUCAUGUCACACUUCUGCCUCCACCGCCACCGCCACCUCCUCCCCCUCUUUUUACGAGCACAACUUCAUUCUCACCCUCACAGCCACCCCCACCGCCACCUCCUCCCCCUCUUUUUAUGAGCACAACUUCAUUCUCACCCUCACAGCCACCCCCACCGCCACCUCCUCCCCCUCUUUUUACGAGCACAACUUCAUUCUCACCCUCACAGCCACCCCCACCACCACCUCUCCCUAGUUUCAGCAAUAGAGAUCCUUUGACAACAUUGCAUCAACCUAUCAAUAAAACUCCUCCACCACCACCUCCUCCUCCCCCGCCACUGCCAUCUAGAAGCAUCCCUCCGCCAUUAGCUCAACCACCACCACCACGUCCUCCUCCUCCUCCUCCUCCGCCUCCUUCUUCAAGAAGCAUUCCUUCGCCCUCAGCACCACCGCCACCGCCACCACCGCCUCCGUCGUUUGGGAGCACAGGAAAUAAGCGUCAGGCGCAACCACCUCCACCUCCACCUCCUCCUCCUCCCACAAGAAUUCCUGCUGCUAAAUGUGCACCACCACCACCCCCGCCUCCACCUACAUCUCAUUCUGGUUCUAUUCGUGUUGGCCCACCUUCGACACCACCACCACCUCCACCUCCUCCUCCUAAAGCUAAUAUUUCAAAUGCCCCCAAGCCACCAGCCCCUCCGCCACUUCCUCCUUCAUCUACAAGGUUGGGUGCUCCCCCUCCUCCUCCACCACCACCACUAUCCAAGACCCCUGCUCCGCCUCCACCACCUCUAUCCAAGACCCCUGUUCCUCCUCCUCCACCAGGGCUGGGUCGUGGUACAAGUAGUGGCCCACCACCACUGGGAGCAAAAGGUUCAAAUGCACCACCACCACCUCCUCCUGCAGGAAGGGGGAGAGCUUCCUUGGGACUUGGAAGAGGCCGAGGUGUGAGUGUUCCUACUGCUGCACCUAAGAAAACCGCGUUAAAACCUUUGCAUUGGUCUAAAGUUACUCGGGCAGCAAAAGGUAGUUUGUGGGCUGAUACUCAGAAACAGGAAAAUCAACCACGGGCCCCAGAAAUAGAUAUAUCAGAGCUCGAGAGUCUUUUUUCUGCAGUUUCAGAUACCACAGCUAAGAAGAGCACAGGUCGCCGGGGUUCUAGUAUCAGCAAACCUGAGAAAGUUCAAUUGGUUGACCUGCGAAGAGCAAAUAACUGUGAAAUAAUGCUCACGAAAAUAAAGAUUCCUUUGCCAGAUAUGCUUAGUGCAGUGCUAGCCUUGGAUUCAUUAGCUCUGGACAUUGACCAGGUUGAAAAUCUCAUCAAAUUUUGUCCGACCAAGGAAGAGAUGGAACUGUUGAGGAAUUAUACUGGUGACAAGGAAAUGCUUGGAAAGUGUGAACAGUUUUUCAUGGAACUAAUGAAGGUUCCACGUAUAGAAGCAAAGUUACGAGUGUUUGGCUUUAAGAUUACCUUUGCUUCUCAGGUGGAGGAGUUAAAAAGCUGCCUAAAUACAAUAAACGCUGCUACUAAAGAGGUGAAGGAGUCUGCAAAGUUGCGUCAAAUUAUGCAAACAAUUUUAACGUUGGGAAAUGCUCUAAAUCAGGGAACUGCGAGAGGGUCUGCUGUUGGGUUCAAACUAGACAGUCUCCUUAAAUUAUCUGAUACUCGUGCUAGAAAUAACAAAAUGACUUUGAUGCAUUACUUAUGCAAGCUUGUUGGUGAAAAAAUGCCAGAAUUGCUGGAUUUUGCUAAUGACCUUGUUCACUUAGAAGCUGCUUCAAAGAUUGAAUUGAAAACGUUGGCUGAAGAAAUGCAAGCGGCGACUAAAGGCCUUGAAAAGGUUGAGCAAGAACUCAUGGCUUCAGAAAAUGAUGGUGCAAUUUCUUUGGGCUUCAGAAAGGUCUUGAAGGAGUUUCUUGAUAUGGCUGAUGAGGAAGUGAAGACGCUUGCUUCGCUAUAUUCAGAAGUGGGAAGAAAUGCAGAUUCUUUAUCUCACUACUUCGGUGAGGAUCCAGCUCGAUGUCCUUUUGAGCAAGUGACCAAGAUUCUGACUCUUUUUAUGAAAACAUUCAUCAAAUCCCGAGAGGAGAAUGAAAAACAAGCCGAGGCUGAGAAGAAGAAACUGGAGAAAGAAGCAAUUAAAGAGAAGUCAGCGACAAAGAAAGAUGGCGUCGAUAACGACAACGAUCUUAUCCAGCAGAUCCAUAGACAUAGAACAUGAACAAACAUCGGUCUUGAACGGAAGACCCGAGGUUUUCAGAUCGAUCGAUAAAAGCUUUGUUUUAUAGGACUCAAUGUUGCACAUACGGAACAAGAGCAGAGAUCUUUCCUAGAUCUUAGACAAAGUAGUCAACGUCUAUGAUGUUUAGAUGGAAGUGUUUUAUCUCUGAUCACUUCAUUGAUGUAAAAUCAGAGGUUCGUAUUUAUGUCCUAGAAAAUAUUUGAACUUACAUAGAACCCAGAAGUUAUAUUAUCUUCACUGUGCAGACAAAAACAUUUUUUUUUCCAAAGAAUAAUAAAUCUUCUCAUUUUACUU